AGUUCCUUCUCCAGCCAGCCGAAAAGAGGCUCAAAGCCAAGCGACCUUUUUGGGGGGAAGGAGGAGAGAAGAACGAGCCACAGGAGUGCAAUGGUCCAUAUCUUGGGCGGAUGGACGUCUCCCAAUUUCGGUUCUUGGAGACGGAUGGUCCCUCGUUCCCUAAAACCUCCUGCGAUGAUGACGGUGAUGACUACCUGUCAGAGUGUUCCUUGUAAGCGGAGGGCUAAGUCUGGUAGUGGGUAGGGACCCAACGUGAACUGAACAUAAACUUUUGGUCCAUUUUUGGUCCACUCUCCAACGCGGGAAACGAGCAAGUGAGCAAGCAAUAAUCAAGGUGUGUGCUUGAUUGUGUGCAAGCUGGUGCAGAGACGUGUCGCCAAAUAUGAUAAAUAGGUGGCGUGGUGAGAGCAAGACCGGUUUGAAGGAUUGUGAAUACACACCAUUGUCAACUUUCCAAGAGAGUGCAUAUCGAUGACUUUGACUGACGAUAUUAGAUCGUCUUUAACAAUGAGUUCACCCAUGCGACGAGGAAGUGCAGCUUCCGGGGUCAUCCUCCCCGUGUCAUCCAAAGAAAUCGAGUUCGUGGUUCCUCCGACAGUGUCUCCUUAUGGCUCGAACCGGUACCUGAACAACAUUUGUCGACCCGUGGGCACGGUUUCGGAUCACCUGACUCCCAACUACACGCCCAGUUAUGCCAAUCGAACCACUUCUCAGAGCUCUGAGGAUGGAACACCGGUCAUUAAUGUGGUCAAUAAAGGCUGGAACAUGCUGCAAGAUGUGUUCACUUCGUCCACGUCCCUCAAUACUGAUGGCUCGAAGAAAUCCAAUCGUUCGGCAUCCCUGUCAGUUUCCAGUUUGGGCAUCAACCAUCCGUCGUUGAAUAACUUGGGGGCUCCAAAUCGAUUGACCAGUGAGCGAAGAGCCUCAACCAACAGCAUUUACUUGACCCCUAGCCAUUCGCCUGCUGGCAGGCGAAGUCGAUCCCAAUCCAAAGGAAGCAUUUAUAUGUGGACCCCGCCCAAUAAAUCCCCCGCCUCAUCAGCUCCAGGUUCGAGAAAGAACUCUAAGCCCAGCAUUUGCAUUGAGCCAGCCCCUGAAGUCGUUGGAAACGCCUUAUUGGGUGGUCUCAACCCAAGUUUGUACUUGGAUCCCGAAAAAUCCGACAAAGAAGAGACGUUCCCUGAGAACCAUUUGGGACGGCUUUACUUCAGUAUCUAUUACAAUUCCAUGAGCGAAGCUCUAAGUGUUCUUAUCAAGAAGAUCCGCAACCUUCCCAAGUGCACUAAAGAGUCUGGGAUCACCAACAAAACCUAUGUCAAAAUUUGCCUUUUGCCGGAUGAACGAAGCCAAAGACGAUGCUCUCCAAGUGGAGAUACUUUUGCAGAUCUCAAUCCGUCUUUCAACGAAAACUUCGUUUUUCAAGUUUCUCCUCAGAAUCUUACACCACGAACUCUCCGCUUGUUGGUCUUUAACAUAGAUGUGAAUCGCAAGCAUCGGGUCAUUGGUCAAACCAUCCUUGAGCUCCAAGAUAUCGACCUCAAUCAAGGACGUUUGAAUCUGACGGCGGACCUGGAGCCGUAUGUGAAAACUUUAGAAUCCGAUCUUCCUGAAGUGCUAAUCUCUCUUUGCUACAAUACCAGCAUCUCCAGACUCACCAUCAACUUGGUUGAAGCCAAGAACCUGAAGUCAGAGUCUGGCACUCAAGCACCAGAUACAUACAUGAAACUGCAGCUCUUGCAUCAAGCCAAGGAGGUAAAGCGCAAGAAGACUGCCAUUGUAAAGAAAGAGUACAAUCCCCAAUACCAGGAGGCCUUCAAUUUUAAGGUCGAUGAGGAUGAGCUGGCUCACACAGGCUUGAGAAUCACGUGCAUGCAACAUCAAACGCUCCUGGAAAAGGAUCGACCUUUAGGCAUGACAGUGUUGGGUGGGUUCAUGUUUGCCCGUGGAUCUGGUCAAGAGCAUUGGGAGGACAUGACCAAGAACCAGAAAAUGCAUAUCCAAAAGUGGCACAAAUUGACCGAAGCUGACUCCAAGGAAAAACACAAGAAACUAAGGGCACAAGAUUCAAUUUGAAGGCUCAUUUUCUUUUGGACUGCAGAAUAUGGUACUCUCUUUUUCUCGAAGCAAUAUCCUCUCUUAUCUAGUGUUAGUCAUAAAUUUUACAGCGUAGAUUCUCACGUAAUAAGAUUGUACAAUUCAUAAGAAACUUGUGCCUCCUCAUACAUUCUCCAUUGUGAAGUACAAGGAAUACAGAUUAGUUAUUCUUCAA